AUGGAUAUUGAUCCUCGAUUACAUCGCCCCAGCGCCAGCGCCGGUGCUGGGGAGAGCAGCAACCCGUCGCCCUCGUCCGCGCACACCGUCACCUCCUCGUCUGCGACCGAGUAUCCCGACCCGAGCCUGAAUCACCACAACAACCAGUACGCCUCCCGACCGUUCCAAUCGCCCGAUCCUAACGAUCCGUUCGCCGAUCUGAAGCGCCCGCGCGCCUGUGAAGCCUGCCGCCAGCUCAAGGUCCGCUGCGAGCCAGACGAGGAUUCCAGGGGGCCAAGCGGCGGCGCGUGCAAACGGUGCGCAAAGGCUCGGCGGGCGUGCGUGAUCACUGCCCCGACGCGCAAGAGGCAGAAGAAGACGGACAGUCGGGUGGCAGAGCUGGAACGCAAGAUCGAUGCCCUCACGGCGAGUCUGCAGGCCUCGCAGGGUGGACCUCUUCCUCCCCUUCCUCCCCUUCCUCCUCUUCCUCCCUCUCUUCCGUCGGUUGCUCCCGCGGUUGCUCCUGCAGUGUCAAGUCGUGACGAUCCGCAGUAUACCGCGAGACGGUGGCUAGGCGCUGCUACGCAGCUUGCACCGGUUCGUAUUCCGUAUACGCCUGAGGAGGUGUCAGCAACAACCAGUUUGGCGGGGAAUAAGCGGCGGCUCAGUGGCGAGGUAAAGGAAUCCUCUUCAUCGGGGAGCCCUGCGACAUCGACGGCAGCAGGGACAGCAGCAGCAGCAGCAGCAGAAACAACAAGCGAAGGACCCGGGAAUGGACCCGGGAAGCACGGGCGAGUGUGGGCGGGCGAAGGCUCGAAAGCAGAGAAAGAAGCGACGCAGACGGUGGACGUGAUCGACCGGGGCGUCGUGGACCACGACAGCGCAAGCAAGGCAUGGGACCGGUACGUGAACGAGCUGGCGGAACAGCUGCCGAUCGUGGUGUUUCCCACGGGGACGACCAUGGAGGAGGUGCGGCGCACGAAACCGGUGCUCUUCCACGCCAUCCUGGCCGUGGCGCUGGGACCGUUCCAGCCGGCGCUGCAGCUCUCGCUGACCACCGAGUUCUACAAGAUGCUCGCCAAGCGCGUCGUCGUGCGCGGCGAGAAAUCCCUCGAGCUCGUCCAGGCCAUCCUCGUCACCUGUAUCUGGUACAUGCCCCCGGACCACUUCGAGGAGCUCAAGUUCUACCAACUCACCCACAUGGCCGUUGUCAUGGGCAUGGACCUGGGCAUGAACCGUCGCGCCCUCGCUUCCAGGCAGCAUGGCAACCUCCUCCAUCAGAUCAUGGGGCCCAAGCCCAACGCUGCUGAUCCCAAGGCUCCAGAGACUCGCCGCACCUGGCUUGGCUGUUACUUUAUGGCCGUCCAGGUGUCGGUCGCCCUGAGACGAACCCUCCUAGUUCACUGGCAACCGUACAUGGAUGAGUGUAUUGAAGUCCUGCAAACUUCGCCCGACGCCCUCCCCUCGGACCGUGUGCUGGUGCACUGGGCCAAGCUGGCCCAUCUGGCGGAGGAUGUGGCCUUUCAGUUCUCUGCCGACGAACCGUCCACCGAGAUGACCGUCUCCAAUCCCAAGGUUCAGUAUACCUUGAAGGGCUUUGAGAAGGAGCUCGAUCGAUGGAGGAAGCAGAUCCUCCCGGAGGAAUACUCUACUACUAUGAGACAGUUUGAAGAUGUGUUAAGCAUCUACAUGCACGAGAUCGCCAUGCAUACCGAACUCAACGGAGAAGGGCAGGGGACCUCUUCUUCCCCCCGGGGGGCGAAUAGCACGGCAGACGAGGAAGGCCGGAUUCCCGCGAGCGCCGCGCACAUCAACGCCCUGUCGUCGACGCUGGCUGCCGUGCACGACGCGCUGGACGUGGUCACCUCGGUGGACGUGCACAAGAUGACCGCGAUGCCGACCGUGGCGCUGGCGCGCACCUCGUACGCAUGCGUCGCGCUCAUCAAGCUGUGCGCCGUGGUGUCGGCCCCGGGCAACCGCGUCGGCCAGGUGAUCCCCGUCUCCAGCCUGAAAGUCGAGUACUAUCUCGACCGGGUGAUUGAUCACUACAACGCCGCAGGCCAGCUGGACGGCGGCCGCACCGCUGCCAAGUUCGCCGUGGUCAUCUCCAUGCUUCGCAACUGGUUCCGCAAGCGCCGUGAGCAGGAUCCCUCCCUCAAGCGACCUUGUGAGGUUACCACCACCAACAACAACAACACUAGCAGACCCGGCACCAGCCCGUUACAUCUCCUCAGCGAAGUUGCCAUGGACUCGAACCGGACACCCUACCCACGGACUUACGAAAGUCUACCGCAGAUCUCCCCUCCUCUGCAGCCGAGCUCGUCUGAUCCGACGGCGUGGUCGCCGUACCCGUCUGUCUCGCUGUCGCAGGGGUAUUACCCUUACCCCCAGCCAUCCACGACGCAACCGGAGCCGUACGACAUGUCGAGCAUGAUGCUGUACGAGGCGACAGGGUUCGUGCCUGAGCUGGGGCUUCCUGUCGGUCUGAACCCGGACAACAUGUUUGCGCUGGGCAACAUGGCAGACGACGGGCUGUUUUCUUUUCCUUUUGGGCCGGAUGGGGGGUUGAAUUAG